UUCAAGUAAUCUCAUAAAUGAACACUUGUGCGUCAUGUUUCAUGUUUCUGGACUUCAGUCAAUCUCAUUUCUGUUCUGUUAGUAUUGUCUGGUACAGCCCACCCAUUCCCUCCCAAAACCCCUCUCUUCGAAAGAAUUACCUACAUAUGAAGAUGGAUCAAUUUCACCUCAAGACCGUAAAGAAAUCCACCCUUACCUUUAACUGAUGUUCGAACUUCUUCCAAUGUUACCCAGGUGCCCACUGAUUACUUAUCCAUUCAGUUCAGCUGAAUGGAGUUAAUUGUUGUGUUACAAAAAAAGUAACUUUAAGGCAAAAACCUAGACCAUGCAUCCUAGUGUUUUGAUAAUUUUAGCACUCCAAAGGAUUGAUCAAAUGUAUAGCCAAAGGUGGAUAUCCCAAGGCCGCGAUCUCAGCCGUUUUGAGUCCGUUACAAAACGGGAGUGAACCCGUGACGACUUUGAAGCCCACAAAACACGAGUUCAAAACGGCAUUUGCCGAGCGGACAAUUGUAUUUGAGGGUCCAUUCCAAGUCCCAAACAUCAAGGAAGGGGAUGAACUUCAUUUUGUUUGCGUAGGUGAACAAAUUCGAAAUGGUGUUCGUGAGUACCUUGUCACGGAUGGAACAAAGCUCUCAGGAGACAUCCGAUCACGUCUUUUGGGCGCAACCUCCGUAUCACCACAAGCAGAAACAGCGACCACAACAACAACAAAAACUUCCACGACGACGACGACGAAGACGAUGAAAAAGAAGUCCAAGACGAAGCAAAGAGCUCAAAUCGAAAAUCUUACACCUCCUAACAUAACCAGAACCGAGGGGUCAAAGAAAUGGAUUCACAAUCAAGAAGAAAAGUUUAUUUGCCAAGCACUUACAUCAAGUCCCGAUAGUCCGUUAAAAGGCUUAAUUUUUGAGGGCCAAACCAAUGUCGGUCAAUUAAAGGCAUUAAAAAGACAGAGUCAAAGACGGGGAGAUGUGUACCAAGUGACCACUGUUUUUCGUUACAUCGUCGAUCGCAAAGAUGAAAACAGGCAUGUUUUGUGCACCGUCGUCCACAAGGAUGAAAGAAGUAAUGUUCUCACACCCUCGAAUCGAAUGGAGUCGAAUCGAAUUGCCAUCGAAGAGGUCAAUUUUCCACCAAGUUCGAACUCAAUUGGUCAAUCGAGUAUUGGAUUGGAAAAUAUUUCAUUCACCGUUCUCGCCAAUCCAGGUCCAAGAUCAGACCAGAUCCAUCUUUUGACUUGCUUUGAUUCGGAGUGUCAGGAUGAAAAAGAUUUUAGUUUCGAAGAGCUUCCCACCGCUAAGCCUUUGGGUAAUGCAUCUGAAAAUGAGGAACACCUUAUGGACCAUCAUGAUGCCAUUUCUACGUAAAGACUUUCCUCCCGAAACGACAAAGUUGCAUGUUAUAGUCAAGAAUGAUUACGGCUCUUUGGAGAAAAACAUUCCUUGGCCAAACAACAUGAUGGGACUAUCACAAUGGCUGAAGUUUACCUGGAUACUUGUCCCAGUCAGCUUUGUUUUGGUCUUUUUGGUGAUUGCUAUAGUGAUUUGUCAGAAGGUUGGAAUUGGUUCAUCUCACAAAUCGCCAAGCUAUACCAAUAUCAGCUCCAUGAUUGAAAAUCAUUUAUACGAAAUACCGUCAAGUAAGUCAAAAACGCUUUGAUCUUGAUAAAAAUAAUACCGUAAAUUUAACCC